CCUUUCGAGGACUAGAACGUUCUUGACUUCCCGCAUACUUGGAGUUUUGUGUUCCAAAUGCCAAGAGACUACGAGAGACGUCCCCGCUCAAGUUUGCACUACGGAUAUGGAGCUCGUAGUGUUACAUAUGAGCUUUCAAGGGAACAUUGGGAUGGCCACUACUAUCCUGAUUACUGCGGAAGAGAUGUGUAUGGAGAUCGGCAUGAAGACGAUGGAGAGGAGAGAGAUCGAUAUGGUCGGAGAAGACAUGGACUGAAUCAGAGCGAAGAAAGGUGGAGGCGUUGUUCACGUCCUAGGAGUCGUUCAAGUGAGAGGGAGACAGAGGCGGUGGUGUAUGUGGAAGGUAAUCGAUUUUCGUUAUAUUCAGAUUCAGAUGUAUUGGUUGAGGAUAGAAGGCUUGGAGCCUAUGUUAAUCCUUUUCUAGUAAAUUUCUGUGGUUGUGCAAACCCUUCUUGAACGAAUCAGUUGAGGUUGCAGACACCACUUCUUCUGGGAGUCGGUUCCAAGAGUUUAUGACUCGAUGUGAGAACCAUUACUCAACAGCAAUAUGAUUUCUUCUUGGCUUUUGAACUCUCCUGCUAUGUCCUGUAAGGUGUUCCGACCUGGUGGGAAGGAAAAGAGAAAAUAGGUCAGACUACGAGAGACGUCCCCGCUCAAGUUUGCACUACGGAUAUGGAGCUCGUAGUGUUACAUAUGAGCUUUCAAGGGAACAUUGGGAUGGCCACUACUAUCCUGAUUACUGCGGAAGAGAUGUGUAUGGAGAUCGGCAUGAAGACGAUGGAGAGGAGAGAGAUCGAUAUGGUCGGAGAAGACAUGGACUGAAUCAGAGCGAAGAAAGGUGGAGGCGUUGUUCACGUCCUAGGAGUCGUUCAAGUGAGAGGGAGACAGAGGCGGUGGUGUAUGUGGAAGGUAAUCGAUUUUCGUUAUAUUCAGAUUCAGAUGUAUUGGUUGAGGAUAGAAGGCUUGGAGCCU